AUGAGACUUUUAGGUAGUUUAAUUUUAACACUUUCUUUAAUUGCAUCAGCAUUUUCAAGUAGUGUACCAUUAACAUUAUGUAUGUCAGGUAGAGCACAAGGUACAGAAUCAUUAAAUAAAUCAGGGUCAUGUGAAUAUGGUGCUUAUAAUGGACCAACUGGACCUGGAACAUUGACAGCAACAUUGAAUGAAUAUUUCUAUUCCUCUGGUGUGAAAUGUGGUGAUUGUUUCGAAGUGUCAGGACCAAAGGGUAAAACAGUGGUUAGAGUCGUAAACUUUUGUUCAGCAGGUACAUGUCCAUCCGAGAGACCAUUGUUUAUGUUAACACCAGAUGCAUUCCAAGAGAUUUCCUCAGACCCAUUAUCGGUAGUAUACGAUGCAGGUUUUAGAAAGGUUAGUUGUGAUGCAUCGGGUCCAAUCAAAGCACAGGUUUCAGAAGACUCUUCAAAAUACUAUGUGAAACUAUUGAUUUUCAAUAAUGAAGUAGGCAUUCAAUCAGUCACUAUCAAAGGCAAAGAUAUGAGCGCCCCUGUCACAAUGGUCCGUCAAGGAAGUGCCCAAUUCGUUUGGAGUCAAGCUGGUAAAGAAAUGAUGUUCCCUGCAACCGUUGUGGUGUCAUCACAAUAUGGGGGCAGUGUUACAAUGACUAUGAAUUCCCUCUCUAUGGAUAUCUUGAAAUUCAGUGGUAAUUUCGUUGCACCAAAAUCAAGUAUAAUUAAAAAUGCACCAGCCUCAUGCUCAUUAUCCGCUAGUCCUUUGGCAAUCUACCAAAAUGGGUUGACUGAAGGUUGGAAUUAUUGGUCAUCACGUUCAUAUUCUCAAAUUAAUACAACCGAUUCUUCAUCACAUAGUGUUGGUUCAACUAAAUCUUUAUCAUUGGUUUUAAUGGGUUCAUCAUCUGCAUUGACAUUGGCUCGUUCUGGUGAUUUUGAAACCACCUAUUUCACUGGCAUUAAAUUCAAUAUGAAAGCAAAUACAACCAUGAGUGGUCUUCGUGUUUAUUUCCCAAAUGAACAAAAUAAAUAUUGGACUCCAUCAUCACCAAUUACAACCUCAUGGGCCACUUAUACAGUUCCAUUCACAUCUCUCCAACAUAAAACAAUUGAAUCUGCAUUCACUUUUGCCAAUACUGAAAAUAUUAAUGUUCAUAUUAACAUUGAUAAUAUUCAUUUCAUUGCUUCUCCAUCAUCUGUUACAACUGGUUAUGCUAAUGGUAAUGAAACUGCUAAUAGUGGUUUAGCAACUACUACUGUAGCCUCAGGUGGUAGUGGUGCUUCAGGUGUUGCAACUUCAAGUCAUACUGGUGUUUCAUCAUCAUCAUCAACUGCUUCAUCAACUGCUUCAUCAACUGCUUCAUCAAUUGCUUCAUCAACUGCCUCAUCAUCUGCCUCUUCAACUUCUGUCUCUUCAACAACUGCUGGUGGUAAAACAACUUCUGGAGGUAGUGGUAUUUCAACUAGUGGUAUUACCGGAAGUGGUGAUAGUAUGGCUGCCUCAACAUCAAAAACUACCUCAAAUCCAACUGGUAAAACCACUGGUAUGACUGGAUCAUCGAUUGAUCAUAGUGAAUCUCAUUCAUCUGAUGAACAUCAUUCAUCAUCCUCAAUCAUUAAAGCUUCAUUAUUAUUAGUAUCUGCUGCUUUAGCUUUUGCUUCACUUUAA